AUGGCGGACGAGGGGAACUUAAAGUUGGUAAUGUUUGAUCUCGCUGGUACGACGGUAGAUGACAGUAUAGAAGGAGUUCCCCUUGUUACUGUUGCAAUGAGGGACGCCUUUGAGAAUCAUGGCUAUCAAAUCGAUCCAGAAACCGUCAAUAAAUAUCGUGGAUUGGAAAAAAAGGAUGCCAUCCGCAGCAUAUUGAACCAUGAGCUCUCUCCAUCUCCGGCCAUUGAUGUUGAAGUUGUCUUUAAAGACUUUAAAAAUGUCUUGCAAAAACAUCUCUCUUCGAUUAAGAAUGAAAUUCCAGGGACAAGUGACGUUUUUGUAAAGCUAAAAACCUCGGGAGUUAAGAUUGCCGUUGGCAGUGGCUUUCCACACAGUGUGGUAGAAUCAAUUGUAUCGACAUUGCAAUGGGAAAAUCUUGUUGAUUAUCUAUGUAGCGCCGAAAAGGCAGGCCAGGGAAGACCUCACCCUGCUAUGAUCCACACUGCAAUGAAAUUCUUCGAUAUAACCGACCCUCGUACCGUUGUUAAAGUUGGAGACACAAAAGCUGACGUAGAGGAAGGAAAGAAUGCCGGCUGCUGGACUGUAGCAGUUCUAACUGGUACACAAAGUUUAGAAUGCAUUAACGAAAGUAGCCCGGACUUCAUUAUUAACAGUGUUGCAGAUCUUCCUGAUCUUUUAUCAAACAAAGAGUUUCAGUUAUGA